GGCGGCGGCGGUUGUUGGCGAGCGAGGGUGAACGGCGAGCGGCAGCGGAGCGAGCGGCGGGCCGCGCCCGGCCAUGAGGCACGAAGUGCCCAUGCAGAUGGCAUCUGCUCAAGAUUCCAGAUAUGGCCAGAAAGACACAUCUGACCAGAACUUUGAUUACAUGUUCAAACUGCUCAUUAUCGGCAACAGCAGUGUUGGGAAAACCUCCUUUUUGUUCCGAUAUGCUGAUGAUUCCUUUACAUCUGCAUUUGUAAGCACGGUUGGGAUCGAUUUCAAAGUAAAAACGGUUUUCAAAAAUGAAAAAAGAAUUAAGCUACAAAUUUGGGACACAGCAGGUCAGGAGAGAUACAGAACUAUUACCACGGCUUACUACCGAGGUGCCAUGGGCUUCAUUUUAAUGUAUGACAUCACGAAUGAAGAAUCUUUCAAUGCUGUGCAGGAUUGGUCAACUCAAAUCAAAACAUACUCUUGGGAUAAUGCCCAGGUUAUUUUGGUCGGUAACAAAUGUGACAUGGAGGAUGAACGGGUAAUCUUCACUGAGAGAGGCAAACAUUUAGCAGAGCAACUUGGAUUUGAAUUUUUUGAAACAAGUGCCAAGGACAACAUUAAUGUCAAGCAGACGUUUGAGCGACUCGUGGAUAUCAUCUGUGACAAAAUGUCGGAAAGUCUGGAGACAGAUCCCACCAUUGCUGCCAGCAAGCAGAACACACGGCUAAAGGACACCCCUCCUCCACAGCAGCCCAACUGCGGCUGUUAAUGCAGCUACCAGCAAAGGCAGCUCCAGUGUGGUCUGUUGCCAACAGAGUAUUUAUGAAUGGUCUAUAUGCCUUUAUUUAUACUGUCUUAUUAAUUUGUUUUGGAGAAAAGUCUUUUAUUUUACAUCAGCAGCUGGUUGGGUAUGCAUAUGGGGAUCGAGAGGUUAUUAGUUUGAAAGGACAAUUCAUUUUUUAGCAUCUGGCUUUUGCAUGCAGUGUGGCUAUUAGUUUCUCUUUUCUUUUUACUCUUUUGCAUUACACUUACUUCAGCUGGUGCCACGUCUUCAGACCACAUUUGCCUAAAAUUGACUCUUGCUUCAUCAGUUUCAAAUUAUAUAGUCAAAUCCUUAUAGUAGCCAAGGUGUUUUAGAAUAAGCCGAAAUUUAUUUAGAAUACCAAAAAAUAAUUUAGAAAUACUGCUUUAGUUAGCCGAUCCCUCAUUUUGUCCAGAUCAUUUGUAUAAGGGACACUUCCUGGAGCAUAUUGCCUUGGCAAAGCUACACUCAUCAUUUUACACAUCAUGGCUGAUUGGAAAUUGCAGAAGUUAGUAGUUGUUAGUUGCGGACCCAAAGCCACCAAAGCUCCCUGUGAGUUUCCAGCUGGAUGUGGGUAUUCAGUGCAGACCCUCAGAGAUAUUAGGUACUUCAUCCUGUUUGGGUAGCUAAUAUGUUUACCUUUCCAUGGGAGCUGCAUGACUAUCCAAUACCUUCCUGAAACUGGGCUUAAUUUCUCAUUUCAUCAUUACAGAGAUCGUGGUAGUACCUACUGCAGUAGUGGAGGGCUGACUGGCUCUUUUCACUUCUACUUGCACGAGAUAUUAAACACGCAUACAUAUUAAACAGAGUUCUAUAUUACCCCUGACAGAGCCAAAUCCAUUACACUCAGUUGUUCAUAGCCAAAAACUGUCUUGUCAUGUUGCUGUCAAACCUGCAUACUUAAGUUUUCAGGAAUUUCAUCUCCCAUUCAGUCACUGAGACGACCAUCACCACGCUGGCUACAAACACCUGUAUUUUACUCAGACCUAUUGCAGAAGUGCUGCUGGUGUCAGUGAACUGGAGUUUGACCUCAUUUUUACUUUGAUGAGGAUAUCUAUUUUGACAAGACAAUCAGAAUUUCAUAAGAUUUUUUAAAACUUUAGGAGUAAUAAAAAAUUGUCAACAUUUCUAGUGCUAGGCUGAAUACAUUCAUAAGAUCAGCAAAAGGCUGUGAAGAUAACAGAAUAAAGUACACAAAUUCUUUUUUAAUAAAGUGUUAAAAAUUAUUGUAUUUCACCAUUUUUAAAAGUACUCCUCUAGUAGUUGGUGGCAGUUUCUUACAUCUGUGCUCUGGAGUACUUUGAACAACUGCUUUACUUGCGUCACAGUGACAUUUUUUAACUAAAUGGCAUAAUUGAAGAAGCGUUAACUGUUUUAUUGUUCCAAUUAGAUAGAACUUAGGACCAGGCUGACAUUUCUUAAACUGUCUGCAACGGGAAAAAUUGGAAGACGAGCAAAAAAGUUAGGAAGUAACCCAAGGUACUGCAAACUGCUCACAACUGCAAAGAAAUCCCUCUACACACAUUACUUUUCUUGAAGGUAGUUUAUAUAACUCCUGAAACACACUAGGAGAAAAUUGCCUCUGUUUUUUACACUGAUUAAAUAACCUACCUACAAAUUGACACAGUAAAAAUUACUUCCAAAACAAGGCAUAUAGACAUAUGUAAAAUGGAUAUGCCAUCAGGGCACUACAUUGGCUGCCUAACUUAGAUGAAUAAAUGUUCUUAAAUAUUCUUUCUUCAUUCUGGGGUUUUAAACCACAUCUGUCCUGUUAGCGAGUUUACUUAAGCACUUGUUUUCCUAGUAGACAUGUAGACUGGACUUCACUUGUUUACUUCCAGAAAACUCUGUCCAAUUUGGGGCCUAUGAGAAGCAAGGUGGAAGAGGCAUGUGCUUUCCCAGUCAGAACCCUGCCUUUCUCCAGGGAUGCUGCUUUUCUUUCCCCCAUCUAAGGCAGCAUGUUGGUAACUGUGCUGAGAGACUUUCAUUAAUACCUCUUCACCCACUAUCUGGUUUGGAAGAAGAGGUGAUAAGAAGCUGAGGAUGUUUUGUGUGAGAUGGUGGGCAGUUUCCCAUCCUUUUCUCGUUAUGUGCAGUUAUUCCUGCUGGAGAAAAAGUAGCAGGGAAACCUUGAGACAGCACUCAGCUUCAGCCCUCAAGUCCUUUAGAAAAGGUUUAGGCUGUAUUAUUAGUCUCAGGCAAGGCAGGAAGAGAGGAGGACAGCCAGAUUUUACACGAUCUUGGGCAUAUUCUAGAUCAUGCAGCAUGGCUACAAGUGCAAGUAUUCUUCCAGCUUUGCUCUGGGAUGCUUGCUGCAAAAUGGUCAUCUCCUGUGCAUGUUGUAACAAGCAAAAAAGACUCCAAGGUGGCCCUUGCUCCAGUCACACCUUGCUUGGACUCCACUGCAAUGAAUUCUGAAUUCCAGACCCUCCUUGUGUCUUUAUGACCAUGUAGACUCUAAUCAGUGGUGACAGUACAUUAUUAGCAUAUAUCUUUUUAAACAAAUGGAAUGAUAGAUAAAUAGUUCUUUACUUAAAUAGGAUAAAUUAAUUGCUUUUCAUUUUACAUCAGGAGUCUGGGCAGAAGAGUAACAGCAAAAUCAAAGAGGGAGACUCUCUCCUUCACAUUUCUGAGACAACUAGCCUCCCAGGCCUCCAGCAUGUCUGACCUGCAUGGGACAGGGAGGGUGGGGGAAGCAGCUGCCAGAGUAGCACUGUUCAUUAGACUGCUAGCCCCGUGUUAUUAGGAAAAGGCUCAUCUGAAGUACAGCAGCAGAACCAGUCAGUAUUUGCAAACUCUAGGAUCUUUGAACUGACACUCGGACAUUGACAUACAGUUCAGAAUUAGUCAGAUUAAUUUUUAAAGUGUUCCCAUUAAAUCCUUGGAGGUUUUCAAGACCAGAGUGGCUAAAGCCCUGGGCAGACUGCUCAGGCCUCUUAGCUGGCACUGUUUUGAGCAGCAAGUUGGGAUGGAUGACCUGCUGAUGUCCCAUCAAACCCUAUUUAUCCUAUCAUCCCUUCCUCUGAAACUGAAAAUGCAGAAGUUCAAGUAGACCUUUUCUUAAUAAUCAGGGUUACCUACUGUUGGAAAAGUAAGCUUUGCAUUUCCACCACAGGCUGGCUUUCGCAGCCAUGUUUCACAGCAGUAUUGAGCUUUCUGCUAUAAAGUGUGGUCAGAUUCAGAUCAGAAGCAUCAUGAUCUCUCUCAGUACCUCUGUCAGCUGGAACCUGGCUAUUGUAGAGAAACACAAAAGACAGAAAGGCUUUUGGGGAGUAACUUACUAUCCCAUCCCCAAACAUUCUAAAAAAUUAGUUUGAGUUCUGGGGAAACUAGCAGAAUUGGGAUUUUCAUUCUAUUUAAAAUAAUGCCUUGGCCUGUUCUUAGGGUAGGAUAUCCAAAAACAACCUCUGUCAAUCCAGUUCGGCUCCUUCAAUCUAGUUCUGCUCCUAAUGACUUAUGUGAAAGAAUUGCAAUUUUCUUAAAUGCAAGUAGAAUUAGGCUGGACACUUUUGGAAAUCCCAUCCCAACCUGAUCAAGGGCCAAAAUUUAAAUAAUCAAUGACUCAUUCUUCAUGCAUAUCCAAUAGUCACCAAUUAUGACUUCUUGGCGGAGACAAGCAGGAUUUGGUUAGAUCCCUGAUCUAUCCACUAGUGUAGCACAGUCCUGUCAAGAGAAAAUAUCAGCUAAAAAGAGUUCUAUUUUAGUGAUGGAAGAGGGCUGGAUCGUUAAAUUGAAACCUGGGAUAAGAUAUCCAAAACUAUUUUCAGCCUCAUCACAAUUCUUGGUGAAAAAGUACUCAUACAUUUUGCACUAGUUUUUGUCACUCUCAGUGCAGAAAUAGGACUGAAUGGUAUGGAGCCUUAGGUCCAGCCACAGGUAACCCUUUCAGAUGAGAUUUAGGCCACUUAGUGAGAUGCAGCAACUGACACACGGAGCACAUUAAAUUUCUGAGAGAUUAGAUGCCUUUGGGCAGAGGGUCCUGAGAUCCAUAGUGCCAGCUGAACUAAUACUACACAAACCAUUUUCCAAGUUAUGAUCUAGACUAAAGCUUUUAGCAGCAGGCUAAUCAUGUGCAUGGUUAAUGUGCCAGCCUUACCAUGUUCUGACAGUGUCUCGCUUGCCACAUGGUCCGACUAGUGCUCAGAAUAUGCCUUGGGAGCACAGAAGAGCAUGGGAUGUGACUGGUUUCUGUGGUGCCUCCUGGCACCUACCUGCCGAACAGCUAGCAAGCCCUGCUGGGUUGAACCUUCAGGUGCAUGUUUCUGAUUCUGAUAAGAGUUUGUGGUCACACGCAUUCUGGUCCUUGUAGCGCAACUAAAUACUGUAUCUUUUUGCUGUUGUUAGUUUAUUUAGAUCUGAUUGUUUCAUGUUUGAAAUACAUAUGAGCCAGCCUGAUUUUCUGUCAAACAAUAGUCUUUCUCUCUGAACAGCUAUGCACGUGACUGUUACCUGGAACUAUUUGUUCCUUUGUGCUUAUACUUAAUGUAAUGCCUAGACAAACUACCUGAGCAACUACAUCUAUGUGGCCUUUCCAGAGCACCAGUCUGAAAGAUUAAGUUUUCUUCCCAGUCUGCUCAGCUCUGUAUAUUCAGCUGUAGCACCUGCAUCUUCUUUAUUUUAGGAAUGAAGUGCUAUUUCAGGGUGCAAAAAAUCUGGAGUUUGAUCCUAACUUUUAGAGUGCUUUUAGUUUAAUUGCCACUUCUAGGAAAAAAAAAAAAGGUGGUACAAAUUCUACAUUUGAUGAUGAUGCCUUUGUUUCCUCAACAGCAGAUGAAUUAUGCUGCAUUUGCAUUCCAAAAUAAGCCCCCCCCCCCGCCCCAAUUCCUCUCCCCACAACUACUCUUUUCUAUAUUUGUUCGUGAGAGGCAAGUGUUAUUGCUUGCAUUUUUAAGGGCAUCAACUAAAUUACGCCUACGGACAGAUUCCUCCUUGACCUGUUUCAUACAGACAGACACACAGUGGAUGAGACUGGCUCUUCUUUAAGAUGACAGAUUUAGCAAUGUGAGGCCAUGAAUAUGUAAAUACUCACAGAUAAACCCUCAAGGGGUGUAAAGCAACAUGUCUUCACUUAUGCCCACAGAGGAGUGAGUUGUGUUGAUUUACACCAUUUAAUCCAUACACAUAGCCUCUUCAGUACAAUCUGACUCUACAUUUUCUCAUUUGUCAAGUCUCAUGUAAAGCAGCAACUAGUUUAAAUUAUUUUAAUGAUUUCUACCAGUUUUCUUUAUUAAGGGAUAAAUGUAGUUCACCUUUGCAAUUUAAGCUUUUCUUUUCCUUUUUUUUUUUUUCUUCUUUUUCUUCACUUUGGUUAACCAUGGAUGUUUACUGAAGCAGAAAUUGUAACUGCACACAUAUAGUACACACAUAUACACAGCAGUACAUCUUUGACACUCAUUCAGUUCCCACUCAUUUGUUCACAUUCAGUGCAGCCUUCCCUAAACACCACAGUGGAAUUUAUCCAUAAAUUCUCAUUAGCACCAGAUACCAGCUGGGUUGCAUUUGCAGACCAUAGAUUUAUUACCCAUGGUUCCAGCAGAUGUAGGUGGCUUGUCAUUUAUAGCAUAAGGUACUUGGUAUUUGGCUUACACGGGAAGCAAAAGUCCUAAUCUUCCAAAUAACUUCAGGAGAAAUUAAAGCUAGAGAUCGCUUACCACUUCAGGCGAUAAAUUUUGUUGAGUAAUUCUGACAUGUACCUGCAACUAGUGUUAAAGGAAAUGUUUGUUUUGUAACUCCUGUUUAAUAUUUUGUCAGUAAUGUCAUAUGUGUUGUGGCUCAGUUGGACUGUGUUACCUAUAUACUAGUGUUUGUGGAAUUCAAAUGUCUUAAACGUUGCAUGAAAAUAUGUUAUAAAAAUAGAUAUGUUUUCUAUUUUUGAAUACCUCAAAACUGAGGAAUCAUGGGCCAAUAAGUGCAAUAUUUAAUUAUUUACUCGGUGUAUAUAAACUCGUGUGAAAGGGAGAAGUGUCAUGUAUGUGUGAUAAGCUGUUGAUGAUGCCUGUGUGGCUUGAGAUUUCCAGUAGAUAUAUGUGUCUGGUAGUGAAAUUUAUAUAGUAAACACUUUACCAGUGUAGUGUAAGAAAACUCUAUUCUUAAGUCAUUUAAACUAUUUUUCAUAUAUGAGACAAUGGUAAAGAUAUUUGUAUGUUUACUGCAAGUGCAUGUCAAUUUUACUUUUAAAGUUGUGAGUGUCCUUUUUGAAAAUGAUCAUGUUACACCAACACUAGUGGGACAGUGCUUUCAGUCAGAUGAUGUUUGUAACCAUUUCUAAAUUAUCUGCCUAUAUUUUUAAAGCAAGUUCUCUAGAAGCAUUAAAAGAACCUCCUAGAGCUCAGCAGUUACGGUGAGUUAUUUAUUCUUAAAGAAUCAGCUCUGUCUGCCUGUAUUGCAUAAUAUCAUAUGGGCAUGUUUUCUUUAAUCUGAUAUAGUUAACUCAUAAUACUUACCUGAAAUAUUAAAUAGGAGUACCCAAUACUAUUGCAGAUAACUUGGCAAACUUCAGUUGGUGCCCUGAGUUAACAUUUUUGGGAACAGCUUGAAGGGCACAGUCAAAAUGGUCCAGCACGGUGGAUGGUGACCUUAAUUAGUCGCUUCUGCCAGUGAAGUUUGUUAACUUUUCUAUAUCUUAAAGAUGGAAGAAGCAUCCUUAAAUACAUUGACCCAGACUCUUCACUCAACUGUUACAUGGCCCUCAAUGUUGAACAACCCCACUGUUAGCCAUAAUGCUGUGGUAUAAAUGGAAACAAAAUGCAGCCCAGAAUCUGACCAUGAAAUUAAGAGGCAUCCAGUCUUUUUUUCUUUCAUGUUAUCUUUGCAUAUUUCUAAUCGUUCUGUAAGUACAAGUACAUGAGCAAGGCCAUCACUAUUCAGCAAAACCCUUGGGUACAUUUGGGAUCUUGAACCCUGAAUCACAGAUCUGCCGUGGGGUUCCCAGCUGUGUCCAGAGUCUCUGCAGAGGAGAAGCUCAUUCUGAGCCUUGCUACCUCUCUGGUUUCAAAGGAAUGCAUCAUCUGCCUUCAGAAUUUGCUAAAUAGAUAGGCCACUGAGUCUGGGCCAAGGGGAGUAACAGGUUUUGCUGAAUAAUUUUUAUAACAAAUUAUUUUAAUUAGUACCUCUUGAAAAGGUACAUAAGUAGAUUUUCAGUUGGAUCCAAUACAUUUUUGUGACAAUUUACAAGGUUGAUUUAGGUUUGGGGAUUUUUUAGAACUAGCUUGAUCAGGAAAAGAACCCAACCUUAAGGCCUACUGGAAAUCAGUAUCAUGGGUUUCCUUUCCUGUGUCACCAUAUAGUUUCUCUGAGAAAGCAAAGUAGCCAGAUUACAUUAAGUAGCACAGGACAGUACUUGCAGUGACCUGAGCAGCCCUUAAAAUUCUCCCUGUUUUUAUACCUUCUGCCAUGAAAACUUACACAAAAUUAUACAGACCAGAGUGAAAUGAAAAUGUAUGUGGAGAGAAACUUGGGAUUGCUUAAUUAAAAAAAAAGGAGAUUCUCGAUAUCUUUGUAGCUGAGCAGCAGAGAAAGCAACAGUCAUAAUAUGAGCUACCACUUAAAUACAGAUAUACAGAUUGCUACAGGACUGAGGAUGCUUUACCUAAACUUUUUAUUGCUAAGUGACCUGACUGUUCAAGGGCUGGCAGAUGAUUUUACCUUUUUAUAAAAUUCCUCUCAGACAUGUGAUUACAUACACAAAGAUAAAUGCUUUAAAAAUGUGCAGCUGUUCUGGCUCCCUCAAGCUAACUUUCUUGCUGAAUUGUUCUUGAAGACAAGUUGAAGUACCUGCUUAGGAUACAUUUGUGAGGGGGUGAGACUCAAUCUGUCUCUCCUCCACCAACUCUUACUGCAAUAUAUAGUUACUGUGGUUCUAAAAAAUAUGUUAGUUAAAAAUGCUGCUGGGUGACAUAUUUUGUGAAUCUUCUGCAUACAUCCACAGGAUCUCUUGUCUGAACGUGAAGUACCAGUUUUAUCCAUGUGCAGAGUUUUAAUUCUAUGUGGACGUAGAGACCAUGUGUAUUCCAUUGGAUAUUCUGUUUGUAUGUGGCUUCUGUAUACCCAGUGGAUUUUGUUUGUUUGAUUUUUUGUUGGAAAUUUUUUUUCCUUUUGCAAUUACAAUAAAUAUUCAAGAGACUAUAUUCAUGAAUA